CCACUAGUUAUGAAUAUCGGAGCAGCUGCGAUAUUUUUUUUUUUUGGGAGGUUUUGCCAUUUUCUAAUGUAACAAAAAGUGGAGUGUAGCCACAAAGUAAGCGUAAAUAAUAAAUGCUCGCGGCGAAUAAACAGCGAAAAAGGCGAUAGAUAAACCAGCAAACAUGGAGUGCAAUCUGGGCAGCGAGAUUGGUCAGAAGAUGCGCAGCGCCGUAAAGGCAAAGCUGCUGGAGCUGGGAACCGGAGGAUCGGCCGGUUUUAUAGACGAUGAAUUGCCGGACUACGUCAUGGUCAUGGUGGCCAACAAGCGCACCAAACAGCAGAUGAACGCCGAGCUGAAUCUAUUCCUAGGCGAUCAAACUGACCUCUUUGUCACCUGGCUGCACGAAGUGCUGCAAAAGCUCCAAGAGGUCACACUCCCCACAUCCAGUGCUUCCAGCAAGAAGCGCAAGUCUCGCGGUCAGGAGAAGGACAAAAAAGGAUCCAAGAAGGAUAAGCGACCGCACCGAAAGUCCGGAGAUGAGCUGUCGGAACCACAGCCAAGUUCCUCAGAUGCCAUGCCAAUUGUCAGUUCCAUCACGGAUGUUUUUGCCGAAGAGCUUCUCGAGAAGGCAAAGAAAACCAUGGACAUUGAUCUCAGUGCCAAAGACGAGAUCCUGCACAAAAAGAAAAAUCGCAAGUCCAUCGAGGAUGAGGAUGCAUCGGCCAAUAGGGCGCUGGAUGUGCCCGCUGUGUCUGAGAUCAUCUCAACUACUAUCGGUGUUAACCGGCAAAAAGACCUCGCUGAGCUGGCCGAAAUCCAAAAGAAAAUUCAUGCAGCCAAGAAGCAUUUACGCCAGAUUGGCGAGAUCGGGGAUGAAAGCGAUGAAUAUGAUGAGGAUCUGUUGAACUUGAGCGCGAGGGAGGAGUCUGUAGACCAGGAGCCAGAAGAGGAUCCCCCGAAAUUGGAGGCUCCACCACGAAAAGCUAAGAGCCCCAUUAUUUUUAACAGACGCGAGAAGACACCCGAAAAGCGUCCAGAGGCUGAACCGGAGAUCGAUUCCCGCCAGGAGGAGGCGGAGGAGAAGAGCCCCAAAAAAGAUUCUUCGGCUGACAAGGCCAAGGAAGACCGGUCUGAAAGGCGAUCGGUGCAUGACCGUCUCGGUUCAAAGGCCCAAACGCCGGCAGAUCGUUCGCAGCGCAACCAAAAGGAGCUCUAUGUGCCGACCCAUCGGCGACGGAGCGAACCCGAGGCCACCAAAGAGCGCAGUCAAAGAGAGCGCACCCGAGAACGACGCUCCAGCCGCGAUACCUCUAGGGACACUAACCGUAAUCAGCGCCAGCGUCGUUCGCCUAGUCCGGAGGCUCCAAGUACAAAGCAACGCAUUGUCUCCCAAGUUAUUGUGGCCGUUAACAAGCCACCGGAGCCGUCGGACGAUGAGGAUAUGGCCGAAAAGCCAGUCAACUCCGUUAUUAAGGUCAAGCCAAGACCAAAUGUUUCUCCCAGACGACAGGCCUGCAAGAACCUCCUGCUGCGAGCAGUGGCGGACGCGCAGCGUUCCACAAUCCUCGCCAAGACUUCGACACAGAAGGAGGACGAGGAUGUGGGCAAGAUCAUAAGUUCUCUAGGCAAGCGCAAGUCGGAGGAUAAGAAUGAUCAGAUUCGUAAACGGAAUCGCGAGAGGAAACGAAGAAAGAGAAGUGCACAAGGCAACGAACUCUUCCGGCGCACCACUCGGGAAUUAGUGGUAAAUGUGACACAAAGGGAUGGAAAGCGUGAACGGCGGUCCAACGAGCGUCGCGCCGAGAUCAAAGUGGUGGAGGAAGAAUAUACGCCAAGCCUAAUGACUGAGGGCGUCGAGACGUAUGUGCCGCAAUUGCUGACCAACGUGGAUGAAUUGGAUUUGCACAUCAGCUCCCACGACGAGCCAAGUCCCAAUUCCGGAGCCCUCAAGACUCAGUUUGUGGUCACGUUAAACGGCGACAAAGCUCUCGGAGGUAAGAAUGUCAAGGGAGGGGCCUCUCGCAAGCGGCCGAGCAACUCUCGUAAACGAUCCACCUCACCCGUAUCCACGCCACAAGUGUCCUCCUCUAAUAUUGAGCCCACAUCUACGACGGUUGACAAGCGACGCCGAUCCAAUCGGGAUAGAAGCUUCUCGCCAUCGCCGAGACAGAGCAGUGGGUCACCCUCCCUGCCGACAACACGCAGCAUCAAUCGCAACGAGGUACGCCGUCAGCCUCAGGAAAUCAAGAAGAUCAUCAUAAAAAAUGACACCGAUGAAGAUGAUGAAAUGCACGGGUCACCGAAGAAACGAUCACCAAACAAGCGCCAGCCAGCGGCGGCCAAUGGUCACAAGGACAAUAAGGAUAAGGGUAAAAUCGAGGAAGGCUCAACAACUCCACCGCUGCCAGCCAAACCAAAGGCGCGGGCGGAGAAGAAAGCUUCCAGCAAGGAGAAAUCCGUAAGAUCUAAUUCAGCGGAGACGUCAUCGGCCGCCAAAUCUGUCAGUGCGUCCACUUCCGUUUCGACAACUACCAAAGCCAAGCACACGCCCAUUCGCUUCACUCUUAAAAGUGAGGACGAGCCGAGUGCGAGUAAGAAGCGUCGUUCUGGCAGCCCCGAUCGUGAUGUCGCGGCUCCGGAGAGACGCAGGGUAUCCAUACGCAAUCCGGAGGACAGGAAAUACGACAACUUGCCGGCGUUGAGCGCAGUUAGCGUGGAUUCCACCGUGCUGAAGGUGAACAAACCCAAGGAGCGCUGCAAAUAUCAUCCAAACUGCACAAAGCAGUUCUGUGAGUACUAUCAUCCAACGGCGCCGUGCAAGUCUUUCCCCAACUGCAAAUUCGCGGACAAGUGCAUGUACUCGCAUCCGAAGUGCAAAUUCGACAUGGCCUGCAUGAGCAUAGACUGCAACUACGCCCAUGGCGGUCAAAGGGAUCUAAGCCAUGUCCAGCUUGCUGCUCCACCACUAUCCUCUCACGUCAUCCCAGUGCAGAACUACAAGUCGAUAUCGGCUCCUGUUACAUCCACGACUGCGACUACCAUGUGCAAGUACUAUCCGAAUUGUUCCAAGCUGGGCUGCACCUUCUAUCAUCCCAAGCCCUGCCGCUUCGGCAAGAACUGCGUAAACAAGCUGGAGUGCAUCUUCUACCAUCCUGAGAUGCAGAGCAAAUUCAAGUGGGUGGCAUCUUUGGGCUAAUGUGGACUGCACUUUCGUUCAAAUGAUAUUUAGCAAAUGUACUCUAUUUCGAGUGUAUGAUUAGGCGAGCUUGGAGUUUUUUCUAUCUAUAUACACCGAGUUGUAUACCUUACCUAUUUAAUCUUCAUUAUUAUUUGCAUUCAUCCUACUGCUUAUAAUUAUAAACAUGUGUAUUAGUCAUUAGAAGCUCGCUCACAUACAUGAUAAACAUAACUUAACUUUGUUGGUCCUGCGAAUUUGGUUGCAUUCAAACCAUAAGAUACACGUCAUGGUAAAGCUGACGAAUAAAUUUAGCAAUAGUUGCUACAAAUG